GCACUAAAUAAUACCAAAAAAAAGAAAAGAAAAAGUGAAAAAUUUAACGAGGCAUUUCUUGCAGGGGAGAGAACAUGGAUGAUGGAUGUAGCUACUUUCAGUCUUUCUUUCUCUCUCUCUAAAAACCGAAUAACUGAUAUAGACAGUUACAAGAAACCCUAGCCUCUGUAGAUUACUUGAAUUCAACGCAUCGAAUUUUCUCCGUGAUCCAAUUUCCGUGAAAUGUGCUUCGCGAUCGAUCAUCGAUGAAGCAAUCUCAUCGGUGGCAGAGGACUUUGCUCCUCUGUCUCCUUUCUCUCUCCGUCGUAGCUCCGGUCAUUUUCGUCUCUCGCAGGCUUCAACUUGUAACUCGCGAUGGUCGGAGAGAGUUUCUUGAUGAUUUAUCAAGUGUGAAAUAUAGAACAGAUCCUUUAAAGUUAAAUGCUGUAGAACAGGAAGACUCGGAAGAAUUAGAAGAGCCAAAACAAGUUGUUUAUAAAGAAAAUGAUUUUGGUUCCAAGAAUAGCAAUGAUUCGGAAAAAAAUAAUGAUUAUGAGGACUCGGAAGAUUUAGAAGAGCCAAAGCAAGUUGUUUAUAAAGAAAAUGAUUUUGGUUCCAAGAAUAGCACUGAUUCAGAAAAAAAUAAUGAUUAUGAGGACUCGGAAGAAUUAGAAGAGUCAAAGAAAGUUGUUUAUAAAGAAAAUGAUUUUGGUUCCAAGAAUAGCGACAAUUUGGAAAACAAUAAUGAAUCUGAGGACUCGAGAAUUGAGGGGUCCAGAAAUAAUUACUUGGAAAAAAAAGAAUUUGACCAUGAUGGUGAUGAAACACAAGACCAGGAAGCUCAGCAGAAAGGAUUGUCCUCCACAUAUGAAGAUCAGGAAGACUCGGAAGAAUUAGAAGAGCCAAAGCAAGUUGUUUAUAAAGAAAAUGAUUUUGGUUCCAAGAAUAGUGACGAUUCGGAAAAAAAUAAUGAUUCUGAGGACUCAAGAAUUGAGGGGUCCAGAAAUAAUUACUUGAAAAAAAAAGAAUUCGAUCAUGAUGAUGAAACACAAGACCGGGAAGCUCAGCAGAAAGAAUUGUCCUCCACGGAUGGAGAUCAGGAAGACUCGGAAGAAUUAGAAGAGGCCAAGCAAGUUGGUUAUAAAGAAAAUGAUUUUGGUUCCACGGUUAGAGACCCUUCGGAAAAAAAUAUUGAUCCUGAGGAGUCUAGAAUUAAGGGGUCCAGAAAUAAUUUUUUGGAAAAGAAAGAAUUUGACCAUGAUGAAACAAAAGACCAAGAAGCUCAGCAAAAAGGAUUAUCCUCCACGGGCAGAGAUCAGAAGAAAUUUAAUACAACAGUUAUGGACAAUCGGAAUAUACAAACUCCCUUUCAAAGAAAGAAAGUUGAGAAUAUUAUUAAAGUUACUGAAAAGCAAUCUGGUAUGACAGUAAGCCGACAUCAUCAGAUUUCACGCCGUCAGUCUCGCAAAGUGACAAAUCAGACAGUUAUGGAGAUUAAGGAUCAAAUUAUCAGAGCCAGAGCAUACUUGGGAUUGUCUCCACCAAGCAGCACCUCACACUUGGUGAAGGAGUUGAAGAUGCGAAUUAGAGAGAUGGAACAUGCUGUUGGAGAAGCUACCAAAGAUUCUGAUCUUUCAAGGAGUGCUUUGCAGAAAAUGAAACGCAUGGAGGGUUCACUGUCUAAAGCCAACCGUGCUUUCCCAAACUGCGCUGCUAUGGCUGCUAAGCUCCGUGCGAUGCAUGAUAACGCUGAAGAACAAGUUCGUUCUCAUCAACACGAAGUAACCCAUCUUGUUUAUCUUGCUGCUAGGACCACCCCUAAAGGUCUUCACUGUCUUUCUAUGCAACUAACUGCUGAUUACUUUUCCCUGAGACCUGAGGAUAGAAAGCUGCCAAAUGAAAAUAAGAUUCAUGAUCCGGAACUUUAUCAUUAUGCUGUCUUCUCUGACAAUGUUCUGGCAUGUGGAGUGGUUGUUAACUCAACCGUGUCUAAUUCCAAGGAACAGGAAAAACUGGUUUUACACAUAGUGACCAAUUCACUCAACUUUCCUUCAUUCUCAAUGUGGUUCUUAUUAAACCCUCCUGGGAAUGCCUCCGUCCACAUACAGAACAUAGACAAUUUUGAGUGGUUGUCCAAGUACAAUACAUUCAAGAAACAAAAUGCCAGUGAUCCAAGAUAUACUUCUGAAUUGAACUACCUUCGGUUCUACCUGCCAGAUAUCUUCCCCACUCUAAAUAAGAUUUUGCUCUUUGAUCAUGAUGUGGUGGUGCAACAAGAUCUCAGCACGCUAUGGAAUAUUAACAUGAAUGAAAAAGUAAUCACAGGAGUUGGGACUUGCCAGGAAGGUGAAACUUCAUUUCGCAGGAUGGAUAUGUUCAUAAACUUCUCAAAUCCAUACAUUGCAAAGAGGUUUGAUGUCAAUGCUUGUACAUGGGCAUUCGGGAUGAACUUGUUUGAUUUGCAGCAGUGGAGGAGGCAUAAUUUGACUGGUGUAUAUCACAAAUAUUUGCAAAAGGGUUCCAACAUGCCAUUGUUUAGCACCGGCAGUCUGCCAUUAGGCUGGCUCACCUUUUAUAACAAAACGAUGGUUUUGGACAGACGGUGGCACAUUGUUGGUCUUGGUUAUGACUCGGACAUUGACACAAAAAAGAUUGAGCAAGCUGCUGUUAUCCACUUUGAUGGAAUUAAGAAGCCAUGGAUGGAUAUUGGGUAUGCAAGAUACAAGAGUUAUUGGUCCAAAUUUAUCAAGUUUGACCUCCCUCUUUUGCAACGUUGCAAUAUCCAGGCGUAGCCCAACAUCUAAAAUGAUUCUACCUGGCAGGUGUUGAUUGACUAGUUUGCUGCUGGCACAUUUAUGGAUUACCUGCUUUAGUCGAUUCUUUCUUGUUCUUGGAAAUUUUUCUUGUAAAGCCCUUUGUAGCUCACAGAAUUUUUACAUAUAUUCUUUUAGAAAAUUAGUUAUUUGUAGUGAUAUAAAGAUAAAAUAAGACUUGUAAUAGACAUGUUAGCUGUUUGGAGAUGCCAUUUGUUGUGUAAAGGCCAUAGUUUAUUGGUUGUGAAAUAUCGCGGAGACUAGAAGUUGAAGAUAUGUUUUACCCUGGAGGACAGAUUUACAUAAUUAUUGAAAUUACUGCUUUCAUUUCAAUUGUUGAGUCAAUGAUGCUUGGUGCUCGUUUAUCCUGUUGCAUGAGGCUAGAAAGCAGUGGGAAUUCAAGUAUUAUUCGUUCAAUGUUAAUUUUUAGGAAUACAUUUUCUUAAUGUAAUUUAUGUAGGAAUACUGUUAACAUCAUAGUAUUAUUUUUACAAAAUUUCAAACCAAUUUACUAUGUAAAAUUAAUUACUGAAAUUAAAUUUACUUAUAAUUGAUUAGAGAGUGUAUUAUUAAACAUGUCAUCUGUGGAGAAUGAUAUGUGGUGUUCUGGAAUUUACUGUUUAAUAUCUUCUAGUUAUGGUUGGGG